UAAUAGUCUUUCUAAUUCUUAGUUUGUGCAUAACAUAUUGUAAAAUUGAUGCCAGAAACAAUAUUAUACUAGAUGGGGAAAGUGACUUUACUCUAUCCAAUGGCCUCAUGAAAAUUCAAUGUCAGGUGGUGAGUGAUUUUGAUUGUGUUGAUAUCUACAAGCAACCUUCUUUACAACAUCCUUUACUUCAAAAUCACAAAAUUCAGCUUUACCCAACCUUUACAAAUAACACCAUGCAAAUUAAAUCAUCUUAUGGUAAAAAUGUGGACGGUUGCUCAUCGGGAAAAGUGCCUAUUUACAACCAAAGAAAAAUAGAUCAAAUUAUUAUUAAUGCAUCCUCAAGAUUACAAAUGGAUGAUUUUCAGCCGUAUUCAAAAGGCUCUCUUGGCUAUCAUAGAGUUACUCUUGAUACAACCCAAAACAUGAUAUUUCAUGGAGCAUCCGUAGGCAUUGGCGCAUAUAAUCUAUCGCUUCAAACAAAUCAAUACAGCAUAUCUUCAAUAUGGAUAGAAAAUGGACCCCCAACGGAACUUAAUAGCAUACAAGUCGGAGCCGGGGUUCAUCCAAGUUUAUAUGGAGACAGCCAACUUCGACUAACUAGUCAUUGGACGGCUGAUAGUUACAAAAAAAUUGGAUGUUACAAUGUUAAUUGUCCGGGUUUUGUGCAAGUCAACCAUAACAAAGAGUAUGCACUUGGUUCUGUUUUACAUCCUACUAGUUCAAUUGGAUCAGCAGCAAAAGAAAUUGGUCUUUUCAAAAUCAAACAGGAUCGAACUACAGGUCAUUGGUGGUUAAUUAUUCAAAAAGAAUCAAUAUAUGCUGGAUAUUGGCCAAAAGAAUUAUUCACUCACUUAAGUAAAGGAGCCUCUUUAAUAAGAUUUGGAGGCCAAACUUAUGCGCCACCUAAUAAGGAUAGUCCCCCCAUGGGUAGUGGGAGAUUUCCAAAAGAAAGAUUCAGAAACUCGGGUUUAAUGGGAUUGCUAAAGAUUAUUGAUUCAGAAUAUAAUGAAAAUGACAUCAACCCAAAAUAUAUGAAGCGGUAUACGGAUACGAAUUCAAACUGUUAUGACUUAUGGUACCGUGGUUAUGAAGGAGAUCAAUAUAGGCAAGCUUUUCUGUAUGGUGGUCCAGGAGGACGAAAUUGUGAUAUAUGAUUGUGUUGUCAACUUUAUUAAUAAAAUUGUUUAGUAAUAUGAAUAAAGAUCAAUUUUCUUUAUAAUUAAA